CGCACCGGUGGAACGCGGCCACACUGAACAGAACCCCCAUUCUCCCCUUUACCCCCUUCCCAACACAAGCGCCGAGCUAGCUACCCUCUUCCCGGUGCUCGGAGCUCAGUCCGGAGUGAGUCUUGCUGCUUUUGCGUCCAUGGCGAUGGCGGUUCCUCUGCUCCUCAUGCUCUUGCUCGGCAUGUUCACGCGCUCAGAUGCGGCGUUCUGCCUGUGCCGGUCGGACGCGAACCCGGUGGCGAUGCAGAAGGCCAUCGACUACGCGUGCAGCAAGGUGGACUGCUCCCAGAUCGGGCCCAACGGGGCCUGCUACGGCCCGGUCUCCGUGGUGGCCCACUGCUCCUACGCCUGCAACAGCUACUACCAGAAGAACGCCGCCAUCGGCGCCACCUGCGACUUCACCGGCGUCGCCACCCUCUCCACCACCGACCCCAGCAGCGGCUCCUGCAAGUACCCCGCCAGCGCCAGCGGCGUAGGCGCCGGGACAGGCGGCGGCAUGGGCACCGGCACCGGAACGGGCGUCGGAACAGGCACCGGCGGCGGCAUGGGCGCCGGCACUGGCACUGGAACCAGCACCGGCGGCGGCAUGGGCACCGGCACUGGCGCUGGCACGGUGCUCGCUCCUCCGGGCUCGACGACCACAGGGAUGCCAGGAAGCCCGUUCGGCGCCGGCGCGUAUGGCCCGUCAGGCGGCAUGAACACCGACUACAACGCUGCCGUCGUGGGGCACCACGUGGCCGCCGCUGGACUCCUCGUGGCAGCUGCCGCGCCGCUCUUCCUCCACUUCGUCUGAUCGAGUCACAACUCUUCCUCCGCUGGGACGACGACGACGAUGCCGGAUCCGGGCCGGGUGGUGGGCGCGCCCCGGUGUAUUUCCGGCCUUCGUCCUGCUCGCCUUUUCCGGCGUUUUGAUCGUCGGUCGGGUACUGGUAGCAAGCCGUAGCAAUUAGCUAGUGUCUAUUACCUACUGGAGUACUGCUACUAUUAAACUGACAUCUAUCUUCGCCCUCUCUCCGUGCCAUGCCCACCAUGUGGUGUCUGUACUGGCGCGACGCGCGACGCUAGAGUGUUCGUGGUAGAGUUGGAGAUCUAGAGGAUUCUUUUUUCGUACCGGUGGUGUUCUGAAGACAUAAUUAUGUGUUUGUUGCUUUGCUCUUCA